AUCAACGCAAAGACUGCCCAGUCGGAGCUGCGCCGGCGCAGGCACUAGUCAGUGCGAAAAUAAAUGUGCUGCGAUCCACGCAAAAAAAUCGCAAAAUGCCGAUAACUAUUUUUAGUUUCAUUGCGGUUUUAAACUUAAACACAUUAGUUUUUAUUUUCUUUACAAGUUCCUUUCACAUGACUCAUUCUGUAAGUUUAAGUAAAGUGAUUAAUGCAGACAAUGUGACGGAAAUAAAAAGUGUCGGUAAACGUGAGGUGGAGUCUGAAGAAGAUGAAGGUUUCUACCCGAAUUGGGUUCCUUUCAAAAACAAACAUGGCGAUGAGCUAGGUAAGUUUCAAGAAGUUCGCAAAGCGAAGCCUAAGAAAAGACUUGCACUUCCCAUGAGCUUCCGUCUGAAACGAGUUGCUGAUGGAGACGGUGAAGACUACUAUGAGAAAGGACAAGGAGAAGGUGUUGAUGAAGAUUAUUACGAAAAGAAAGAGUGGUCCGAUUUUCCAAGAGAUGUCAACCCUACUACUACCUCAGUGAAACCUAAUUUAAAUCAUACAGAUAUAUCCGAAAUAGAUGGAGUGGUUAAGUUACUAAUUAAAGAUUCGCAAAAUAAUAAACCUCUUAAAAAAGAAGAAGAGGACGAAGGAAAGCGAAAGAAAAAAAAGAGAAUUGGAGAAUCGAAUACGGAAAAACGAAGAUGGAGAAAAAAACUCAACGACGAUAAUGAUUACCUAGAUGAGCAAGAAAAGAAAAAAGCUGAAAUAAUUAAUAAUGAUGGCAUACCUUCUAUUUUCAAUAAAGAGGAUGAAGAUUCAGCGGAAAUAAUAAAUAAAGACAGCCCUAAAACUCAGAAAGAACAAAAUGAAAGAGACAGGGAUAACGAAGAUGAAAUGUUUAGGGAAGAGAUAGAAAGUGAGCUUCAUUUAGCUAAGUCACGUUACGGCAAGGGCCAUAAAUCACAAGAAAAAAAAACUUUUACUCAACCGGAAGAUAAGAAAAAUAUAGAAAUCACUGAUGGUGAUGAUGAAAAAGAUGAUGGUAAAUACGAAAGUCAGCGAGACACAACGGUUUAUAGAGAAGCCCCGACAACUACCACCCCCAAACCAAAACGAAUAUAUUCUUCGAAUCAGCGGACUGAUAAAAAGCAAAAACAGUCUGUUUUUGAUAACCCUGGUCUUUACAUGGUAAAUAACGACGAGGAAGAAAAAGAAGAAGAAAAUGAAGAAGAUAGUUCUAAUGAAAUAACAACAACAGAAAAACCAAAAACGGCGGCUGAAAUAGCCGAAGAAGAGGAAAAUAGACGCAGAAUAUUUGCUGAAGUAGAUAAGUUAAAGGCCAAACAUGAAGCAGAAAUAAUAAGACAGCGUAACAGGGAUCGAACUAGAGAGUUGUAUUAUGAAGCUACAAGAGACCCCGAUACUGAGCGUAAAACUACAAGUUCUGACUAUGUCCGCGUAUCUUUGGUUCCAUUGAAAGAAGACAAAGACGGGGAGCCUACCCUAUUCUUCCCGAUAAAGAACAAGCCAAGCCGUUCAAGAGGUAAUAAUAAGACACCGAAACCUAGAACAACAACCCCGAAGCCACCAGAAAUCACGACAGCGUUCAGGGAACCUACACGGUUGAUAACUGCGCCGUCUUCACCAGAUUAUCCACCUCAAGAUGUCGUGCCAUUGGCAUCGCAUUCAACGUCAGCCUUUGACGUGGAUAGCUUGAUUGAUGAUACGGGGCCAUCUUCGCCUCAGGCAAGUUCAGUGAUAUCCGGUCCAGAACCAACCAGUACUGGAGCAGUUUCAAGUGCCGAACCAUCCCGGACCGAUGUUGAACCAACCAGUCCUGAGACGGGACCAUCAAGCCCAGACUCAGGUCCCAGCGGUGCCGAUACAGAACCUUCAAGUCCUGAUGUUCAGCCAUCAGCGUCCGGGACCAGAUCAUACAUAGGCUCUACCGCUCCUGAUGUAGAAUCAUCAGCAGAUUCGAGUUUUGUUCCGAGUCAUUCGACAUCUGCAGUGACAGCGGUGGCUGACAGUGAAGAGAGAACUGACGAUGAUGUGAUAAGGAGAACUGAAGAUGAUGCUGAGCCGGCGUCUUCCGAACACAAGAAGAAAGAACACGGUGGAGAUCACAAGCAUGAGGAAGGUGAAGGAAAGGAAUUCCACUCUGAAGCGGAGGCGGAGCAUGGAGAAAGUGGAAAGAAGUCAUACAAGGGUCACCACGAAGACUCGAAGUCGGCAGUCGGGAAGCACGAGAAGGAAGACCACCUAGGGAAGUAUGAAGACAAGGGGGGCCACGACAAGAGGCACCACGACGAGAGCGGCCACUACGGGAAGCAUCAUCACGAGGAAGAGGGGAAGAAACAUGCUGAGUACGAAGAGUCAGGCAAGCACAGCAAGGGCCACAGCACCAAGGGCUCCCACGACAUUCACAAGAAGGAGGAGUAUGAGAAGAACGUGACCUUCUUCGAGGAAGAAGGAGACUCGGCCGAGGAGGAGAAGCAUGGGGGGUACAAGAAGGAGAAGUCUCAUGGAGGGGGAGGUAACUUCAAGCACGGCAAGCACCUAGUGGCGCACAACGCUCGUCAGAAAGGAGAGAAUGGAAAAUAUUUGAAAGGAGGCUAUCGCCACGCACAGACGGGUCACAAGGCAUCAGGCGGCCGCGACGGGCAUCACAAGCACGAGGUAGCUCAAGGUCACCUGGAGGCAGCUGGUGAGGGGCAGAAGUGGAUGUUCCACCACGGGCACCCGGCCAAGACGGCCAACCUGGUCAUCAUCGACCGAAGGGCUGACCAGCUUCAGAGGGGCCCCGUCCACUUCGGACGUCAGUGGUGAAGUUUCUGUGGUAAUACAGGGUGGUUAAAGUGCAGAUAGAUAGAUAGUGAGACACAAUUGGACAUUAUUUUUUGACGACGCUAAUAGCCCCUAGAGGUAAGCAUCCUUUCGGCAUCGUAUGCAAAAGACGUGUCGCAUUCAGUAUUAUUUUGUAGAAAUUCAAACGCGUCCACUUCAUCGGCAUUUUCUCCAUAAAUUUAUGAAGUUCGUUUGGUCCGAUACGUACGAUACCGAUAGGUAGACGCUUAUAUUUAACCAGCUCUUGUGUUUGUGGAUAUGCUUGAAGCUUUAAAAGUUAUUUCGUAUUGACGCACCUAGGUGAAGUUUUUACAGUGCAUCAGUACAAGAUGCACACAACGUGGUGGAGCUAAAACACAGACAUUUAUCUGUGAGCUAAAAUGACAAAGCCAACAAAUAUGUUUGUUUUAUUUCGGAUUGUUCAAAUAACGUUAACGUUGAGAACAAGACAAAGCCGUUUGCUUAUAAAAAAAAUAUUAUUAGUAAUGAAUUCGUACAAUAAGAAUACGCGUAUGAUAAUUAACUUAUAUGGAAUUAUGUUUAAACAAUACUCAUAUUUUUAUCUUAUUGUUUCAAUUAACAAUGCAACUUACUAAAUACUUGUGUUACGAAGAAAAACAUAUUUUAGUAUUCUGAAUCAUUGAAAAAAUAUGUUAUGAUAAAAAGUAUUAUGUUACGUACACAAUAAUAUAUAGUACGUAAGUCCUAAACGUAUUUAAUAGUUACCUAAAUAUUUAUUUGACACAUUGCUAAU